ACUUUAAUUUUACUGUCGGGGACAUCCACUCCUAGUGCUUCGCUGUGCUUUCAAAAAUAUUAAAAGAGACAACACACAUAAUAAAAAAUAUGCCUUCCAUAAUACAUGAAGUAAGCGGGCCUUACAAAAAAGCAACCUUUGGUAUGGGUUGCUUUUGGGCGAACGAUUGCCUUUUUGGAGCACAGCCAGGCGUUCUAAGGACAAGAGUUGGGUACUCCGGCGGUACCACCAUGGAUCCAGUCUACAGAAGCAUCGACAAGGAAGCAGGCACUAGUAGUGAUAAUAAUACUAAACCUACAAAUAGAGAUAGGGGAGAUCACACAGAAGUAGUAGAUAUAGACUAUGAUCCAAAAGUAAUUAGUUAUGAAGAUCUUUUACAAAUGUUCUGGAACAACCACGAAUAUGGCCUAACUACUAUUAUUAAAAAACAAUACAUGUCUUUAAUUCUCUACCACGAUGAAGACCAAAAAAGGAUAGCAGAAAUUUCGUUUAAAAAGCAAGAAAACAAAACUAAAGAAAAGCUUAUCACAGUUAUCGCUCCUGCUGGCCCAAUGUAUCCUGCUGAAGAUUAUCAUCAAAAAUACAGACUUCAAGGACACCCAUCUCUAUGCAAGGACAUUGGUCUCACUCCAGAACUUCUCCAGUCCUCCCACAUCGCCGCAAAACUGAACGGCUACGUGGCUGGCUUAGGCACCAUAGAAGACUUGGAAAAAAUCGCGGCAAAAUAUAAUUUAACUGAAAAAAUUACAUCCUACGUACGUCAACAAAUGAAAGAAAACGAAGGAGGCAGUUUGUUCUGCUGAAUCUAUAACCCUAGCGAACUAGUGAUCAUUCUUUAAUUUUUAUAAUAAUUAUUAAGUUAGUUAAUUUAAAUGUUUACAGUAUUAAAAACUACUUUACCCAUCUGUUUUUGGUAUUUAAUGGUUUUAUUUCUGUUUAUAAGUUGGAAAAAGAGUUUUUUGUUUUAUAAAUUUUGAACUUGAA